AUGCCUUCGGGGUCUUGUCUGGCUUGCUGCUGGGCGGUGGCUUGUUGGUGCUGGUGGCUGAGACCGGGCGCGCCAAGGUCUCCUUUUCAGAGCUCGCCCUUCGACCGACGUUUCUGGCACUUCUUGCAGCGCUGCCCCCACGCGCGCCUCGCGUACGGCAGCCCCUGUCUCGAGCACGUGGGCGAGGAGCACGAGAACGGCGCGGCCGCGCACGCGGCGACGGCGGCGGAGGCCGAGGAGGCCGAGGAGGCCGAGAUGAAGACGGUGGGGCUGUGCAAGACGGUGGAGCAGAAAGCAGCACUGGAGGCCUUGUUGAACCAUGUCCAGACGACCCGUGGCAGCGCCGUGGCACUCUUGGCACCACGGGGGCGUGGCAAAAGUAGCUUGCUCGGGCUGCUGGCAGCAGCACUCAAAGAGGACGUGCUGGUAGUAGCUCCGACAGUGAGCUCGGUGGUGGAAGUCUUUCAACGCGCAAAGGAGGCACUGGCCACACGGGCACAGGUGCUGGAGCAUCAUGCAGGCGCCGAGGAUUGGUGUCUGGAGGUCAUGGAGAGCGGUUCCACUUGGCGGAUCUCGCUCCACAUCGGACUGCCCGAGCUCUCCGCGACGACGCUGCUGCUCGACGAGGCCGCGCGCUUUCCGCCCGCGGCGCUCCAGGCCGUGCUGAUGGCCGCGGCGGACCGGGCGGCGCGGUGCGUGGUGGCCAGCACCGUGCAUGGCUAUGAGGGCACCGGAAGCGGGUUGAUGAGGCUGGUGGAGCAGUUGCAAUUGGAGGUGGUGCGGCUGCGGCAGCCGAUCCGGUGGCCUCCGGAGGAUCCACUGGAAGGCCUGGCCUCGAAGACGUUGCAACUCGAUCCGGAACCGCUCCCAGUCGAUCGGACGCUCUACGAGGGACUACGAGCUGAGGAGCUCUCGGUGGAGCGCGUGCGACGCCCGGUUCUCCUCCAGAACGAAGAGAUCCUUCGCGAAGUCUAUGGGCUGCUGUCCAUCGCCCACUACCGCACGGGCCCGGGGGAUUUGCGCAUGCUCCUGGACGAGACCCGCCUCGAGGUCUUUGGCCUGUGGAACCGACGGAGGGGCGUGACCGUGACGGUGGGAACUGGUCUGUGCGCCUGCGCGUUGCUGGUGCAUGAGCAACGAGGGAACUUGAAGCGCCAUGACCUUCUGGCAGAGUCACUGAAGGAGUCCUUGGGGUGUCGCCUGGAAGAGACCGAGACGGAAGAGCCCUUGAGAUGUGUGAGAGUCGUGCGUGUGGCGGUGCAUCCGGAGCUCCAAGGCCGAGGGAUGGGGCGGCAACUGGUCAAGGAGCUCAGUGCCACCCUCCGAGCACGAGGCUCGGUGGAUCUGCUGGGCGUCGUCUUCCGCGGCCCCGCGCCGCGCCUGCGGCGCUUCUGGCGCGACGCCUGCGGCUGGAGCGCCCGCGCGGCGCCCGCCGAGCAGAAGCUGUCGCUGUUCCUGCGGGCGGUGUCGGCGCGGGCAGAGCAGUGGAUGGAGACGGCGAAGAUGGAAGCAGGAUGA